CAAGCGUAAAAUUCUAUUUACCCUGCCUUAUGUUGGAUUCAUAAACCGAAGGAAAAGGCCAGAGCCGGCAGUAUCAUAAGUGAUCCCAAAAGCUCUCGGGCGAUCCCAAAGCUAGGUUUUUGUGCGUUGGCGCAUCCUCGUGGUCGAAACGAGGGCGCCAUUAGGCUGUUUAUCUCAUUUUUUAUGCCGGCUUUUUGGGCAACGGAGGAAAGAACUCCAAUCAGUAUUCCUAAUAUCAUAGAUCACUGUGUUUUGUUUCAUCGGACGCGACCGCUGUCAUUAGGUUUUCGUAUUGCUCAGAGAAAUUUAGUCGACAUAUUUCGGAGAAGGGUCGAAUUGCAUUGAAUGUUUCAGGCCUUUUUUUGGUUAUCAUCAGAGGCAUAUGCUUCUGGAAUAGUUAAAGUUGAGAAAACUGACACCCAGGGUAGAGGCUAAGUUUUUUUUUUGGGGGAAAGAUGACAGAAUUCGUUGAUCUUGAGACACAGGAUGGUGUGAGAAUGACUUGGAAUGUUUUUCCUGGUACUAAGCAAGAGGCCAUGAACUGUGUCAUACCCGCAGCUGCCAUUUAUACACCGCUGAAACCCAUCCCAAAUGUUCCUGUACUUCCAUACGCUGCUCUCCGUUGCCGUAUCUGCCGUUCCAUUCUCAACCCCUUCUCCAUUGUUGACUACGCUGCCAAAAUUUGGAUAUGCCCGUUUUGCUUCCAGAGAAAUCAUUUUCCUCAACACUAUGCAUCCAUAUCUGAGGACAAUCUUCCAGCUGAGCUUUUCGCACAGUACACAACAAUCGAGUAUGAGUCCGUCCAUGAUGCAGGUCCUGUGGUGCCUCCAGUUUUUUUGUUUGUGGUUGACACUUGUAUGCUUGAGGAGGAGCUUGGAUACUUGAAAUCUGCUCUUGCACAAGCUAUUGAGUUGCUGCCAGAGAAAUCCCUUGUUGGUCUUAUAACCUUUGGAAACUAUGUCCAGGUUCAUGAGUUGGGGUUUGGGCAAAUGCCAAAGUCAUACAUAUUUAAGGGAUUGAAGGAGGUGACUAAGGAUCAAAUUUUAGAUCAGAUGAAUUUCUUUUCAGGUAAGCCAAAGCCAGCAGUGGGAGUGAUUGCUGGUGCUAGAGAUGGACUCUCAGCUGCGAGCAUUGCAAGGUUCCUUUUGCCUGCUUCAGAGUGUGAAUUUGUACUUAAUUCAGUUUUGGAGGAGCUUCAAAGAGAUCCUUGGCCAGUUCCAGCAGACCAACGGGCAUCAAGGUGUACAAGUACAGCCUUAAGUGCAGCGGCAAGUUUAUUAGGGGUUUGUGUCCCCGGUUCUGGUGCAAGAAUUAUGGCUUUUGUUGGUGGUCCAUCAACAGAGGGGCCUGGUAUGAUUGUUUCAAAGAAUUUAUCGGAGCCAAUUCGUUCUCACAAGGACUUAGACAAAGGUAGUGCUCCGCUUUACAGCAAAGCUGCAAAGUUCUUCGAGGGGCUUUCAAAGCAACUUGUUCAUCAAGGACAUGUGCUGGAUUUGUUUGCUUGUGCACUUGAUCAGGUUGGGGUUGCAGAACUGAAAGUUGCAGUUGAAAGAAGUGGUGGAAUUGUUGUGCUUGCAGAGAGUUUUGGUCAUUCGGUUUUUAAAGAUUCGCUAAAGCGGAUUUUUCAGGCAAAUGACUAUGAUCUUGGCUUAUCAUUCAAUGGUGUUUUUGAAGUUAAUUGUUCUAAAGAAGUAAAAGUUCAAGGCAUUAUUGGUCCCUGUGCUUCACUUGAUAAAAAAGGUCCUUUAUGCUCUGAAACAGUUGUCGGUCAGGGAAACACAAGUGCCUGGAAAAUGUGUGGCCUUGACAAAAAGACAUCUUUAUGUAUAGUAUUUGACAUAGCUAGGAAAGAUGGGCCUGAUGCAGUUGGGCAAUCUACAAACAGCCAAUUCUACUUCCAGUUCUUAACUUAUUACCAGCAUAAUGAUGGUCAUAUGAGGUUGCGUGCUACAACUCUCUCAAGAAGAUGGGCUGCCGGAUCUGGCAGCAUUCAGGAUUUAGUUGCUGGAUUUGAUCAAGAAACGGCUGCAGCAGUCAUGGCACGGCUUGUUUCUUUUAAAAUGGAAACAGAGGCUGAUUUUGAUCCUAUUAGAUGGCUAGAUAGGUCCUUGAUUGGCCUGUGUUCCAAAUUUGGAGAAUAUCAAAAAGAUAGCCCAUCUUCUUUCAGCUUAUCGCCACGCUUCUCAAUAUUCCCUCAAUUUAUGUUUAAUUUGAGAAGGUCUCAGUUUGUCCAGGUUUUCAAUAACAGUCCAGAUGAAACUGCUUAUUAUAGAAUGAUACUGAAUAGAGAGAGUGUAUCCAACUCUGUUGUAAUGAUUCAACCCUCAUUGAUAUCCUACUCCUUUCAUUCUGCUCCUGAACCAGUUCUGUUGGAUGUAGCUGCCAUUGCUGCUGACAGGAUUUUACUUUUGGAUGCAUAUUUCACUGUUGUAGUUUUUCAUGGAACUAGUAUUGCACAAUGGCGAAUUGCUGGUUACCACAAUCAGGCAGGACAUGAGACCUUUGCUCAGUUAUUGGAAGCACCUCGUGAUGACGCUGAAGGGAUAAUUAAGGAACGAUUCCCCGUUCCUCGCUUGGUCAUUUGUGAUCAAUAUGGUUCACAGGCUCGCUUCUUGUUGGCUAAACUGAACCCUUCAGUCACGUAUAAUUCCGAUGCUCACCUCAGACCAGGUGGUGAUGUCCUAUUUACAGACGAUGUUAGCUUUGAAGUCUUCCUCAACCAUCUUCAACGGCUUGCUGUUCAGUAAGUUUUUUUGCAUAGAUUGAGCCAAUAUGCGAUGGCUUCCUUCCCAAGGAAUUAUGUACAUUAUUAAAUCUCUUUUACACUAUUGAAUCACUGGGAAAUAUCUUUUUUUUUUUUAUUUUCUUUAUCAUUACUAGGAAAGCUUUGUAUAUGCUGAGCGAUUGCAUUUGCUUUAUACACUUUCUUGCUGGAUCCUGUUGUUCUGCUUGUCUAAUGCAAUGGUUGCAGGUUGACAUUAUAUCAUGUAUUUAAAUUCUAUACGUAUAUUGAUGUAUGUAAACAUAUUUUUUUGUUCUUGUUUCAGUACUACUUUAAUUUGAUAAA